CCAAGUACGUCCAACUGGGCCUCCACGAGUCGCUCCCCAAACACAACCCGGUGCGGGCAAACUACCUCCGGGCAGGCACGCGUUCUAGCCGCCGCCGACGAACACGAGGACUCGGGAGUCCGGAGGGGAAGCGAAGCGAAGAAUGGCGGACAGGCAGGUGGCUCAGCUGGGGCCCGGAGCCGCGUGCUGCGGCUGGAACCACUGCGGCCGGCGCCUCGCCGCCGGCGCCGUCGAUGGGUCCGUUUCCGUCUACGAUUCGCAGCCGUCGCCCUCCUCCAAGUGGCAGGCCCAUGAGUGUGCCAUUGUGAAUGUUGUAUGGCUUCCUCCGGAGUACGGAGAUGCUAUAGCUUGUGUCUGUGCUGAUGGGACACUGUCUUUGUGGGAGGAGGUUGCUGAAGAUGAUCAACUUCCAACCUGGAGGAAAUGUAAAGUCUUCGAGGGUGGCAAUUCCCACAUACUAAAUGUACAGUUUGGUCUACUGCUGUCAAGCCUGAAAAUGGUUACUGCAUACUCAGAUGGCCAAGUGAAGGUCUACGAGCUCUUGGAUUCAUUGGAAUUAGACAAGUGGCAGCUUCAGGCAGAGUUCCAGAACAUUACUGAUCCUGUUUCCAGAAAUGGGAAGCCAGAAUGUGUUUCUGCAUCAAUUGCGUGGAGUCCAAGAAGAGGCGAAGGCCAGCAGGCUAGUUUUGUUAUUGGUUUCAAUUCAGACUCUCCACAUUUUAACUCUUGCAAGAUUUGGGAGUUUGAGGAAGCUCACCAGCGCUGGCUUCCGCUUAUUGAGCUUGGUUCAUCGGAGGAUAAGGGAGAUAGAGUACAUGCUGUAGCAUGGGCUCCUAACAUUGGCAGACCAUAUGAGAUCAUAGCAGUCGCAACCUGCAAAGGAAUUUACAUCUGGCAUGCAGGCUUCAACCCUGAAGCUGAUCGUGGACUGUCAACAGAGAAUGUUGCUGUACUUCCCGGCCAUGAUGGGGAGGUAUGGCAACUGGAAUGGGACAUGGGCGGGAUGACGCUUGCAUCGACUGGAGGUGAUGGCAUGGUUAAGCUAUGGCAGGCUAACUUAAAUGGAGUUUGGCAUGAGCAGGCCGUGCUCGACUGCAAUGGGUCACGUGACUAAGGCCUGCCGAAGAUAGGAACUAUGGUUGUUGCUAUCAUUCAUAACUCCUGUAAGGGUUCUUUCUGUUGUGUUGUGUGGAAGGUACAUGGCUCUAACCUAUCAAAGUCAGAUUGAUGAUGCAAGUGUUCUUGAUUCCUUUCACAAAUCUCAAGUAUGAGCAUGAUGUAACUGUUUCUUAUCCUCAUCUGAUUGAUGAUGUAACUCUUGUCAUAGCUCAUGUGAUGGAAAACUCACCAAUAAUCUGAUGUGACCAUUUUAGUGAUUAAA